GGACAGAGGUGCUGAAGCAUUGCAACACUGCUUAUAAAAGAUGAUUCAUCCUUCCUAUUGGAAGACACAGGCACAAGAUGAUGGAGAAUGCUUCCAAUAUCUUAGUUUUUACUCUCUCUGGAUUAAAUAUGACAAUGGAGGACAGAUAUGUAAUUUUUUCAUUCACCGCAUUGAUUUAUCAGCUUAUAUUGUUGUGUAACAUUACUAUUAUUUUUUGCGUUGCUGCAGAUAAGCAGCUUCAUGAGCCUAUGUACAUAUUUUUGUGUAAUUUGUGUAUAAAUACACUAUAUGGCACUUCUGGGUUCUACCCUAAAUUAAUGUAUGACUUGCUGUCCCGUAUUCACUCUAUUUCUUAUGCAGCAUGUCUGAUUCAAAUAUUUGUUAUUUAUUCAUCUGUUUUAUGUGACCUUUCCACUUUAACAGUAAUGGCUUAUGACAGAUAUGUUGCAAUAUGUAGACCACUACAAUACCAUUCAGAAAUGACAAACCUUAAAAUUGUGAAAUGUAUCCUUUUUUGUUGGCUUGCACCAUUUAUUUCCAUGGCUAUUUUAGUCUUGUUAACCUCCAGACUGACCCUGUGUGGCUCAAAUAUUGAAAAGCUAUAUUGUGAAAAUUGGGCAGUUGUUAAACUGGCAUGUUCCUCUACAGCAGUGAAUAAUGUGAUUGGAUACAUAAUUCUAAUUGUGUAUUUUGGACAUGCCGUGUUGAUUGUAAGCUCAUAUAUUCAGUUGAUUAUAAAAUGUAAAGCUUCACAAGAGGGCAAGUACAAAUUCAUGCAGACGUGUAUGCCACACCUACUCGCAUUAUUCAAUGUUUCUAUUGCCUUGCUAUUUGAUGUUCUUUACAGUCGAUAUGGUUCAGCUUCCUUUCCACAGGGCUUAAGACAUUUUUUUGCUGUGGAUUUCCUAGUUAUGCCCCCUAUUUUAAAUCCCAUUAUUUAUGGACUAAAACUGACUAAAAUCCGCAAGCAAGUCAUGGGUAUACUAUUGAGUCAUUGCAGCUGUCAAAAUGUGAAAAGUUAAAUAAGUUUCUUUUUUUUUUUACU